AUGGAUGCAUAUCAAGCCUUCACGUCCGAAUCCAAAUGCGUGUACCCCCCCGUGGACCCCAAUCUCCGACAGAUUCGACUUGUCACGAUUGAACCAGGGAACUGGCCAGACGAAAUAAAAGGCAGUCUUCAUACCUUCAGCCUACGCGAGCAGCCCGCAUACGAAGCGCUUUCUUACGUGUGGGGUGAUCCAACGCAUCGAAAGCCGAUUCAGCUGAACAGCCAGAUAGUCGAAGUUACCGAGAAUCUUUGGACGGCAUUGCGCAGACUGCGAAAACCUAGUGCGCCACGUGUGCUAUGGAUCGAUGCCCUCUGCAUCAACCAGGGCGAUGCGGAAGACAAAUUCAGCCAGGUAGCCCUCAUGGGUGAGAUAUUUAUGGGUUGUGCAGCGGCCGUCCUCUGGCUUGGGGAAGAUCCCGAAGUGGCCGAGACAGGAUCCGAAUCCACCGUCGGUUGUCGCGUGUCCGAACUGUUGCAUACCUUCCAGAUCGAACAGCAUAUGUUCGAGCUACCGUGUUUCCUUGGCGGUGAACGAUCAGACGUGAAAGAAGAUUGCAAGCCGCAUUUUGAAGACCUCCGAAUGCUACUGGAGCUGCCUUGGUGGAAACGAAUCUGGGUGGUCCAGGAAAUGGUCCUGCCACCUCAGAUCCAGUUUAUGGGUAUAGACGACUGGCCCAAAGAGCCACCCGCCCAGGGCUCACAGCAGGACAGCUUCUGGAGGACGAUUCUAAACGACUCUAUCCCAGUCGCAAAAGAGGGCGGUACUGCAUAUAUCCAGCCUACCGACGGACACUAUCGCGAGUUACACAAGUUGUGGAAAACCCUGCAGGUUUUAUUACCGUUUGUGGGACCCACGGUAAAGAACGAAGUAGAGAAUUUUGCGAGACCCUGGAUGGUCAUGGAUCUUGUCUUUUCCUGGUCGUUGAUUGCGUAUCAUGUUGUAGUGUGUUUAUGGCAGCGGCGCAUGUUCAUCACUGAAAAGGGGUUCGUUGGCUUGGCCUCCAAGAGUGUCCGGGCAGGCGACGAAGUGCACAUCCUUCUUGGCUCGCCUGUCCCAUUUAUCCUUCGGCCUUGUCGUGGUGCUGAGACCUACAGGACGGGUGAUGCCCAGGAACGCUUGCCCACGUACACUGUCGUCGGGAACGGCUACCUUCACGGAAUCAUGUUUGGGGAGGCAUUGGAAGGGGAAUGGAAAGGACAAGGUCGAAAGCAUCGCACUCUAUUAGAUAGUCGAAGAGGCAGACGGAGGUUUGAUCGGUCUGCUCCGUAUAGAUGCGCUCUUUGA